AUGGGAACGGUAGACCCAAUGUUGUCAAUAAGUGUCGAAGGAACCGAAAUGAACUUUCUUGUGGACACUGGAGCUACCUACUCGACGCUGAAACAAAAACCAAGCAGUGCCACACUUUCCAACCAUGUGGUCAGCGUUGUGGGGUUUACUGGGGUUCCGAAAACUCUGCCGACAACCAAUCCAGCCCUGACGGUGCUGGGAAAACAGACUUUGAAGCACAGCUAUGUGGUGGCUCCCGAUGUACCUGUGAACUUGAUGGGCAGGGAUCUGCUCAUCAAACUGGGGGCCACUAUAAUGUGUUCAGCUGAUGGACUAACAGUAACACUUCCAGGAGGAAAAGAGUUUCCGUGCCUGGGGACUUUUUCAAAGAACCAGUAUUUGCUGAAAGACUCUGAACAAACGACUGCAAAUCCUGCUGAUAUUUACUGGGGUCGGUUGGUGGAUGAAGGCAUCUUGAGACAGUAUCAGCUGUGGAAACCUUGGAUUAUGGCCUUGGCAGUCUACUCUUCCCCCCGAGAUCCAUACCACGUCACCCUCUAUUAUGAUAGGAAUGACGACGAAAUUUAUAAGGACCUGUUCCAGUCUGAGCUUGAAGGUCAGACCUGGAAUGUUUGUUCUCAAAAUAUCUAUGUUGGUCCUGAAGGCGUCGCUGCAGCAGUAAAUUUAACCGACAACCAACGGCCUUGGUUCAAAAUGGGGCCUGAUUCAGUCCCUCACAUUACAUUGGCGGUCCAUGAGAGUCAUCAGGCGAAGGAGCUGGGAACAAUGGUCAGAAGAGCUCUCGGGGAACCUGGUUGGCAGCCUACUCAGAUUCCAGAUGUUUGGUACUCGCCAAAAUGUAAAACUUAUCGUAUCACUUGUCAAUCAGAGGACACAGUGAUGUUGGAGCAUGAACAAAUCUCAAGAAUCCAUGGGAGAGAAAGAAUAGACCAUGCGGAUGCAGUUGCCGCACUUGCCACUCUUCCUGACACCUUGUGGUCAGCAGGUCCUACAGAUGUGGGCCAGGCAACGUGUUCGCCUGUUCUAUUCCAGCUGAAGUCUGAAACGCCAAUUUGGAAACCACAGUAUAGGCAAAAGAGAGAAGCUGAGGAGGGAAUUGCAGAAACCAUUGAGGGGCUGUGGAAUGUAGGGGUGCUUGAGCCCUCUCAAUCCCACUGGAAUACCCCUAUUUUGCCAGUAGAGAAGCAUGGGACCGGGAAGUACAGAAUGGCACAUGACUUAAGAGCCAUCAACGCCAUUCUACGUACUGACACGGUGCCAGUCCCAAAUCCAUACACAGCGCUGACAGCAUUAACACCAGACCAGAAGUGGUUUACAUGUAUUGAUCUAGCGAAUGCAUUUUUCUGUCUCCCAUUGCAUGAGUCUCUGAGGGACAUUUUUUCAUUCACAUAUGGGGGACAACAGUACAGAUACACAAGAUUGCCACAAGGGUUUGCACUUUCCCCUGGCAUUUUCAACCAAGUGUUGAAAGAAGCUUUAUCGCCAUGCCAUCUUCCAGAGGGGUGUACACUGGUGCAAUAUGUUGAUGAUUUGCUUAUUGCAGCGCCGUCUGCUUCGGCGUGUACGGCAGCUUCACUUACCAUACUGAGAAGACUUGCUGAGUGUGGUUUCAAGGUCAGCAGAGAAAAGUUGCAGUUGGUCCGACCAGAAGUAACAUUUCUGGGCCGUGUCAUUGCUCACAAAUCAGUGGGUUUGUUGAACACCCACCGUGAUCAGAUUUUGACACAUCCAAAACCACGUACAGUUAAGGAGUUGCUCUCGUUCUUGGGGUUGACAGGAUACAGCCGGCAUUUCAUUCCAAAUUACGCAGGCAAAACAGCCCUGUUGAGGGAUUUGGUAAAAACGGCAGGUGUCAGAAAUCUUAAGGCUGAACUGCCAUGGACAUCAGCCGCUGAGUCGGCGUUUAUCGCAUUGAAACAGGACAUGUCACGGUCGGCUGACCUUGCCAUCCCCAAUUAUGAGCAACCCUUCUAUCUUGAUGUUUCAGAAACAAAUGGGAUAGCUAAUGGGGUGUUGUUUCAGAAAAAAGGGGGAGGAAGAGAUGUACUUAUGUAUGUUAGCAUCAGGCUAAGUCCAUUAGAGGCAAGGCACCCAAGAUGCACUCAGCAUGCCAUUGCGGUGUCGAAAAUUAUACAAAAGACAGCACAUAUAGUGAGGGACCAUCCAUUGAAGGUGUUGACCACCCACAGUGUGGUGGCAUAUGUUAACUCACAAGCCUUCACCAUGACACCUCUCACACAACAGAGAGUGUGUAAAGUGUUAGACGCUCCUAACUUGACCUUCACACAUGAAGGAAUUAACAUGGCAGAUUUAAUGGAGUCAGGAGGAGAACCUCAUGACUGCGCAAAGAGAGCUGAAGUGGACGAGAAGAUAAGAGAAGACCUGAAAGCGGAACCUCUGACCGGAGCUGAAGACUGGUUUACGGAUGGAUGCUGCUACAGGGACGAUGAAGGAUUAAAAGCAGGCUACGCGGUGGUUUGCAGGAAAGGGGUUGCAUUUGAAGUGAAGGAAGCUGGAAGACUUGAAGGGCAGCAGUCAGCCCAAAGAGCAGAAGUAAUUGCUCUAAGUCGAGCUUUGAGACUUGCAAAAGGAAAAAGAGUCAACAUUUACACGGACUCAGCUUAUGCCUUUGGAGCAGCUCAUGUGGAGCUGGCCCAAUGGAGAAGAGCAGGAUUCAGGACAGCAGAAAAUGCACCAAUCUGCCACAAGAAGGAAAUGGAGGAACUUGAGCAGGCCUUGGCAGAUCCAGAGGAGGUGAGUAUCAUAAAAUGCAAAGGCCACUCCUCAGGAACUGGUAUGGUGGCUAGAGGAAAUCAGGAAGCUGACCGAGCUGCAAAAGAGGCAGCGGGAUAUAAAGCGUCACGACAGAUGGUACAAAUAACCGUUGAGGAAGAACAAGGCGUGAACAUGCUACAAGAAGCCAGGAAGGCUCAAGAGGAGGCGGCCCCAGAGGAAAAGGGUGUUUGGAAGAGCCGAGGAGCCUGGGAAGAAGGAGGUCUCUGGCGAGGACCUGACGGUCGACCAGUGUUGACAGCAAACUUGGCAAAACAGAAGAUUGCUGAAGCACAUGGCCUUGGACAUGUAGGUGUCGCCCAGAUGGGAAGACAUCUGUGCCAUUGGUGGCAUCCUUUUUUGAAGGAUAUGAUCAAGGAAAAGGCCAGGUCGUGUCUGAUUUGUGGGAGGCACAAUCCGAAGCCAGUGAUUAAACCAGAAGCAGGUAAGUUUCCCAUUCCAGAAAGACCUGGCGAAGAGAUUGUCAUUGACUACACUGACAUGAUUGACCCAGGCCCAGGAGGAGUUCGAUACCUGCUGGUAAGUGUGGGUACUUGUGCCUUGGUGCGCUUGGCUGCACCGUUGAUGCUUAUAGGCAGUAGGCUAGAGACAGUUCCGCAGCAAGGCGCGGCUGUGUCUACGGCCAGACGGAGGAGAGCUACUGGGGAUGCUCACAGGUAUGAUCCAAGACGGGACUCGCCAACCUGGAUUGACUCAAUAGGAGUUCCCAGGGGAGUUCCAGAUGAGUAUAAGUUAGUGGAUCAGAUAGCGGCCGGGUUUGAAAGUGUGUUUUUGUGGGUAACUCCAAAUAAAAAUGUUGAUCGUGUUAAUUAUGUUCAUUAUAAUGUGUUGAGACUUUCUAAUCUUACCAGGGACGCGGUGGAAGGCCUGGCGGAGCAAUUAGGUCCGACGUCGCUAAUGGGAAUCCAAAAUCGAAUGGCGCUCGACAUGUUAUUGGCUGAAAAGGGAGGCGUGUGUGCGAUGUUCGGAGAUUUUUGUUGCACCUUCAUUCCUAACAAUACAGCUCCGGACGGUACGGUCACGCGGGCGCUGGACAAUUUGAAAGCGUUAUCUAGAACCAUGCAUGAGCAUUCAGGCGUGAGUUCGGGGCUGGGAGAUUGGUUCACUUCUGUUUUUGGGCAAUGGAAAGGUGUUUUUAUGUCUGCCAUGUUUUCUCUUUUGGUUUUUCUAGGUUUGUUGCUGAUCGGGUGUUGUCUCAUUCCUCUGGUAAGGCAGGUGUUGGGUAAUCUGGUGAGCAGGGCCAUAGCUUCUGGUUCAGCUGAGUCAGCUGGUCCGGAACACAUGAUGCCUUUGCGAGAAGCCGCCUGGACGGAGGAGUGACACAAUAUCUGGGUAAAGGUUGGCCUUUUUUCUAAAGGCCAAAGAGGAGGAAUGUGAACAGGAGAUAGUUUAUUUUCUACUUUUUGUAUACUUAUGAUCACAGUAUAAGCAGAAGUAUCAAUCAUUAAUCAUUUACCAUUGUUGAACCAGUUGACACAAUAAUUUUGAACUACAUUUAUGAGAAUAUUAAUCUAUACAGAUUAUCAGUACUUUAAUUAGUCUACUGUUGUUCUGUACUAUUCUUGUGAUUUGCUUAAAGCUGUGGCCUAGUUCUGUUUUACAGAAGCCUGUGGGUCCUGCUGGACCCUGGCUUAGGAUGUUAUCUGCCUUAAGUUCUGCACGUACGCAGGCCUUUAGAAAACUUGCACGUACUUAUAUAACUCACGCACGUUUACACACACACUUAGUAAGAAUAGGGGGGUCGUUUGAGGACACCAUUCUGAUAGAUAUACUUUCACAAAAUGCACACUGUAAUACACACUUGUUUUUCUCUAAAAACUAGCAGUUCAUGUCCAUAUUAGGUAAACUUUUGAACCAGGCCCAAACUGUUAUCAUUUCCAGUAAGUUCUGACUGUGUGAUGUCAUCAUGUUAAUAAAAGGAUGAAGAUGCCUCCGCCCAGCGGAGAUUCUUGAUGUGAGACUGUUUUCCCCGCACUUGUGCACAAAGUGUGUAAUAAAAUCACUAUUUUUGUCACCCA